ACGAGGUGAGCCGCGUCUUCCGCGUCGUCUCGACCGUCCUCCGUAAGGCUACAAAACACGCACCAAAAUGACGGAGCUCCUCGGGUCGCUGGGCGAGAUGGCCGUCGACGAGGGCGAGGCGGCGAUGUGGAAGCAGCGCGCCCUGGAGAGCGAGGCCGCGGUGCUGCGCCUGCAGAAGCGCGUCGCGGAGCUCGAGAGCGAGAACGACCUGCUCGCGCUCGCGAACGCGGACCUCCGCGGCGGCGGCGGCGGCGGCGGCGGCGGCGACGAGGGCACGCCCGGCGCGCCGGAGCGCGACGCGGGCGACGGCUUCGAGGCGCUGCGCGUCCACGGCGAGUGCGACGCGCUGCGCCGGUUCCCCGACGCGUCGAUCUUCGGCGCGUGCGAGGGCGCGAACGUCGUCGCGUGCGCGCUCCGGCCCGGCCAGGGCCGCGAGGCCGCGGGCGGCUGGGCGGGCACCUGGGACGUCGCCUGCGCGGGCGCCGACGGCGCCGUGCGGCUCUACGGCGACGCGGCCGGCCACUGGAGCUCCUGCGACGCCGCCGCGGCCGCGCGGACGACGGCCUGCGGGAGCCCGGCCAUCUGCCUGGCCUGGGAGCCGACGCACGGCGAGCGGCUCGCCGCGGGCUGCAUGGACGGGUCGCUCCGGCUAUUGGACGUGCCGCUGGGCCACUGCGACGUCGCGGGCGCGCGGCGCGUCAAGGACCACGAGAAGCGCGUGGUCUGCCUGAGCUGGAGCCGCGACGGCCGGUGCCUCGCGACGUGCGCGCGCGACAAGAGCGUCGUCAUCUACGCGGCGUCGGCGCCCCACGGCGGGCAGCUCGCGAAGAAGCACACGUUCGUGCUCCCGACGAACCCGGAGAGCCUGUGCUUCGCGGGCGACACGCUCAUCGUCGCCGCGCGGGAGGAGCCCUUCAUGCGCCACGUCGACCUGCACACGCUCGCGGAGACGCGCGUGUCCAAGAACCGGUCCGCGUGGGACACGCACGUCAGCUUCGAGGCGCUGCACCUCGCGGCGUCGCCCGACGGCAAGUACCUCGCCGCGGCGACGGACCAGCACAAGCACGUCGUCUACCCCAUGGGCACGAACGCGCACGCGCGCGUCCUCACGGGCCACAGCGCCGACGAGUACGCGAACGCGCGCGUCGGCUGGCUCGGCGACGGCGCCGCGUCGCUCGUGUCCAACUCCGCGGACCCGGCGCUCUUCCAGUGGGACUUCGCCUCGGGCAAGCUGCUCACGAAGAUCGACCGCGCGCACGAGCAGGGCAUCCGCAACCUCGACGCGGCCGUCUCCGGCGACAAGCUCGCGACGUGCUCCUUCGACAAGUCCGUCAAGCUCUGGAGCGCGGCGCCCCACGGGCUCGGCGGCGCCGAGGGGCAGUAGUAGGGCGAAUGUUUACCUC